GGCCGGGGCAGCGCCGCCGGGGCCGGGUCGGCGGCCGGCGCACUAUGCGAGGCCGGGAGGAUGGCGGUGGAAGCUAUCCAUUGCAAUCUGAAUCCAAAUGGUAUUGAUCACCCUGUCCCCACAGAAGGUAUUAAUCUGCAGCUUGAAGGCGAAGGAAUUGAUUCGCCUGCCGUUAAGAACACUGGUACUCCAAAAGGGCCUGAGUCAAAAGACACACCCAAGAGACAAGUGGAACCGGAAAUAUCUAAGUCUGGGACUGUGAAGCUGACUAAGCCUGUGGCGUUAUGGACCCAGCAGGAUGUCUGCAAAUGGCUGAAGAAACAUUGCCCUAAUCAGUAUCAAAUCUACAGUGAGUCAUUCAAACAGCAUGACAUAACUGGCCGUGCUUUGCUGAGACUUACUGACAAAAAGCUUGAACGAAUGGGCAUUGCCCAGGAAAGCCUGCGACAGCACAUUCUGCAGCAAGUCCUUCAGCUGAAGGUGAGAGAAGAAGUCCGAAACCUCCAGCUGCUUACACAAGGGCUUUGCAGAAGGCAAAAGACUCUAAAACCACCUGAAUCUCAGAAAAGAAACCGAGGUACCUCCAGAUGGAAUGAGAUGAACCACACACCAGAAAUGUCUGUUGCUCUCUAUUGUGGAAGAAAGGAAGCCCCAGCAGAGAGCUCUCCAUAAACAUUUCCAACCUCUAAAGCUGCUGUCCUGCCACUUGAUAUGAAAGUGAACUUUCCUUCAUGAAAAAACCCACAAUAAAUGGCGUUGCCAGAGGAUGACCAUGGAGGAUUGAAGACAAACUUGAAGUAAAAUCAGCCCACUCAGCUGAUACAUUCUGGGGAGACCUGGUUUGCUGUGGUGGUAAUAUGUGGUGCAAAAUAUCCAAAAUAUCUAAUUUGUUGAGAAUGGUCACUGACAGACCUUCAGCUGGAAAAUUUGUUCCAGUCUUCAUCACUGUGCAUAACUUUUGAGUUCCCUUUAGGGGACUGUCUAUGCCCUUCACUAGAAGUCCUGUUUUAGCAUGGCAACUACUGGAUUCUUUUAUUAUGUAUGCAGAUGGCAUGAUGUUUUAGGAAAAACUUGCAACAAUUCUCCAAUCUCAGUGGAUAUGUUCACAAUAUUACACCCUGAUAGGAAUGUAAACGUCUUGUAUGUGUUAGUUUUGCAGUCUAAUGGUAUUCUGUUCAACAAUAUCAGCACUUCAUAUGUGCUUUUCUCACAGAAUUAGCACAGUCCAUAUAUAUAAUAGUCAUUUUUUUAAAAUACUGAGGCUAUGUUUCAGUGUUUGUGCUGAGACUGCAUCCAAACUGAAGCCCAGUACUGUCAUCCCUUCCUUCACUGAUUCACAGUAGGUUGUAUAGAUAGAUUUGCACGUGGCAGAGAUGUGACUUCUUUUAUCAAGACUUAGAGAACAGAUGUCACAGAGGUAGCCCAGAACAGGGCAGUUUGAAUGAGCUGUAGGAUACUGUGUCUGCUCUCCCUCUCACCCACCAAAUAUCAAAAGGUCUCGUUUCUGGUGUGCCAGUGUGUUUUCUAACUCAGCGAGGGAGAGGCAAGGGAGAGAGCCUUUCUCAGACAUGUAUGUGACCCUGGAUUUGAUCUGCAAUAAAACCAGAAUAAACUG